AUGAGAAGAGUACCAAUUCAGAAAGCGCUGACGGAUCAACAUCUGGUGUAUAGAUCACAUGUGAAACGUUUCUGGAAGCAUGCAACUUAUGACGAAGCAAACAAAGUGAUAAAAUCAGUUGUGAAGCAGUAUGAUGAGAAGAAACCGAUUAUUGUUUCAGAAGCGCUGGUUCGUGAAGUAGUGAAUUUUCCGGAUGAUGCAAACUCACCAACAAAAUUCCCGGAAAGAAUGGUCAAAGGUUGUAUGCUAAGGAUAGGUUAUGAUGGUGCAUUGAACAACACAAAUUAUUUGAAAUCAAAGUUUCGGAAGCCAUACAGGUUCAUUGUUUAUUCAGUACUGCAGGCUCUAAGCCAUUGCAAAGGAGGAUAUGAUGCCAUCAGGGAUUAUCAGAUGAAUAUGGUUACAGCUCUGGUUCUGAACAAAAAGUACAAUUUCUCUCACAUUGUGUUUCAUUACAUGGUUGAGAACAUUACAUCGAAGAAUCAUGCUUAUCCUGAUAUUGAAAGAGAUGUAAACAACGAUCUGUUAGUUCUUUCCCACAUGAGUAACGAUUCUCUGAAGCAGUUAGCCAGAUAUCACCCAAAUCAUCCUGAGCCGAAGAAGGUAGCAGAAUUUUUUGGUUUCAUCAAGGAUGCAAACUAUGUUGAUCCAGAUCCAGUCAAUCAUCAAAACUGGAGAAAUGAGGAAGAGAUGAAAGAAGCUGGUUAUGCAGAUGAAUUAGAGGCACUUAAAGGGUUCAAAGGAACUAGAAACGAUUGGUUUGUGAAAGAACAUAGAAAGAGAGAAGAACCAGAACCAGAAGCUGAUGUUGAAGUAGAACCUGAAGUUGAAGCUAAAGCUGAAACUGAAGCUGAAGCUAAUAUUGAAAUUGAUGUUCGUCUAUCACCUAAUUCUCAGAGUUUGCUGAAGAAACUUAAGGCGUUUAAUGCUCAGAAAGAUAAAGCAGCUGUUGAUGCUCAGAAAGAAAAAGCUGCUGAUGAUAUAGAAGGUGAUGAUGUGAACAAAAGUACUACAAGUUCAUCUAGUUCUUCUGAAGAUGAGAUUGAUGUAAUAGAGCGUGAAAAGAGAAUUCAAGCUGAAGUUGAAAAGGAAAAACAACUGAGAAAGAGAAAAAGACAGGAGAAGGAUGAUGAUGCAUAUGUUCCAUCUCCUGAACGUGUAUCUGAAUCUCAAUCACCUCCUUCAGGUGGUAGGAAGAAAGCUGGUGCUAGAAAGAGGAUUGUUUCUCCAAAGAUAAAGAAGGUUACUCAAAAGAUCAAAAAGCCAACGAAGAUCAUUCUGAAGAAGAAACCUACCCAAAAACCAAGUAAACCACCAUCACCACCACCUGAACCUACACCACAUCAAUCACCAAUACAUUCACCACUUCACCAAUCACCACCGAGGCAACCAUCACCAUUACAUCUCUCACCACCGCCUCAAUCACCACCACAACAAAUUCAUUCCAACUUGAACAUUGGUCUUGAUGAGAUUGGAGAUUUUAAUUGGGCAAGCAAUGCACAAGUCAAGAAUGUGGAGAGUAAAGUUGAUAUUGUUGUAGCUGAAAACAAAAGAUUGGCUGAUCGUGAAAAUAUCCUUGAAAUGCGUGUAAAGAAAUUAGAGUCUGAAAACAAGUCAUUGUUGAAGAAAAUAGAUGCAGAUCAGACCGAAAUUGAUAUUUUGAAAGUGAGGGUGGCAGAAUUAGAAGAAGAAAAGACACGCAGAGAUGAGCAGAACAAGUAUUUUGAAUUGAAAAACAAAGAACUUGAAGCUGCAAAGGCGUUGAAAGAACAUGAAUUCUAUAUGAUGAACAAAGUGAUAGAGAAUAUGCUCGGAAAGUCGAUAGAGCAAAGGUUUGAGGAGAUUGAAGUAGAGGAAGUAAGGGCUAAACGUCAAGCAGAGACAGAAGCUCAGAUGAGAGAUAAAGGCAAAAGUGCUGAAGGUAGUAUUGCAGUAUCUGAAAGAUCAAUUGUUCCAUCAUUAGUUGUUGAAAAUCCAGUUCCUAUCUCGGCUGUAUCAGCUGUAUUUGAUGAAGACGUCUUACUUGAUGACGUAAUCACUGCUGAGGGUGAUGAUGAAGAUGAUAGUGAAGAAGAUGACGAUGAAGAGAAAAUUGAUGAUGCAUAUGUUCCAUCACCAAUUAGAAGAAGAAAAGACACGCAGAGAUGA